UUCACGCUCGAUAGCUCCAUCGAUGUGUAUUACACACAACAAUUGUGCAUAGAAAUUCCCUUCAUUCUCAAAGUGUAUAUUUUUUUCCACUGCUUCUUCUUCGGCUGUAUGUCUCUCAUGCUGAGUAAAUGGGCGGACAAUCGGUCGAGUUGUUUUAAAACUUGGAUGAAGAAAAAAAAUAGUAUAUUUCUUUUUUCGCCGAAUUGUGUAUUGUAAAUUCAGUGUCAACGUUUUUGUAUUGUAUAUUUCAUGUUUUUUGUGUGAUAAGACGCCGUUUCAAAUCACCAAAUAGUCGCUAUCCAAUUUAGAAAAUUCAACCAAAAUCUGCGAAUGGUUGUGUCGAGUUCUCAAACAUUGAAACAGUGUAGAUCGGUUCUUUAUCAAUUUUUCGGUUGUGGUCUAGUGUAAAUAUGUGUUUUAUUUCAGUGUGAGAGAUAAUUUUUAUUACUAUCCAAUUGGCCAUAAUUCAUUUAAAUCCCGUUCACAAAUUGUAUAAAAAUCACAAAUCUUCAAAAGGUAAAUGAAACAAUGAACAGAGAUUUAAUGGGGGAAAAUGGUGUGAUGUUAAUCAAUUUUCCCUUUGUUUCAUUAUUUCAAUAAGAAAGUAAAAUGCUAAUAAAAAAGUGUACAUGCCAAAAGAAAAGUGAAAGAGAAAUGAUUUAAGAAAAAAACGUUUUCAAAUUGAAUACAAGAAGACGUUGUCAAUUAAUCAACCGAGCGAAUAAUUGAGCACGAAAAAUGCGGUACACGAUGUAUAUAAAUUGCGUUAAUUGGUUUGCACUUUGCAUUAUCAGCGAAUAUGUGGCCGUGUGUGCUCUGUGCAAAUUUUCCGCCGUUGUUUGACUCGCGAAAAUAGAUGCUUCUCCAAACACAUACGAUUAAUCAGGCAAAAUAAUUCGUUAAACAACCAAAGAUAGUAGGAAAUAAUUAUCAAUACGACUCCCAUCGCGAGUAAUUCGAUUUUUCGGGUGUGUAUGUGUAUGAACGAAAGCAAAUUCCAACGAAAAAUAUGUUUUGAUAAUAAUAAUGUGGCUAAACAUUAUUCCCAUGUCAAAUCAGUUUGAUGACUUCGGUGAAAGUGUUUGCACUUGACUUUUCCUAUGCCAUGGCAUGGCAUGACAUGAAAAUUGUGGGUUAUCAUGGUUUCCGUUCCCAUCGUUAUCGAUUUCAUCUCAUUGAAAAAGCAAUCAGUUUCUAUUUUCGGGAGAAAAAUUCUUGGGACAUUUUUUUUCUUUUUCUGCGCUACCAGUCGUUGCUGUGCACGGCCAAAAUCACAUCAACGGAUUUAUUUAUUUUUUAUGAAUGGAUGGAAGCAGUAAUAUGCUGGAAACUGUAGUGAGCCAAAGUAAUAGCUCGACGAGCUCAAAUUCGGAAUUGGACAAAGACCUCGCGGAUUUGGACUUGAAUGGCAGCACACCGACUGGAGAACAAAUCGAAGGGGAUGAUGAAAAUGGUGGCACGACGAGUAGUAAUGGCUCGGUGAUUAUAAUCACAAAGAAUAACACACUGAAAAAACGCGUAUCGAGUAGUAGGACGCCAACAAGGAAAGCGAAACGAGUACGUUUCUUUCGAAACGGUGAUAAAUUCUACGGCGGUGUUGUGAUUCCUGUGUCAAAUGAACGCUAUCGAUUUUUUGAUAGUCUAGCUGAAGAUUUAACACGAAUCCUCGAAGACCGUGUAUCUGGUGCUGUGCGCAACAUAUAUUCUACCUUAGGCAAAAAAAUCACAAGUUUAGAUGAGUUUGAAGAUGGCCAAAGCUAUGUAUGUUUGUGUAAUAAUGAAAAUUACAAGAAAAUGGACUAUACAUCAUCACCACUUGGCCAAAAUAAUAAAGCGACCAAUCGCCUGACGAGAUCCCAACGACCGGCAUCACCGUUGAAGAUCGGUUUGAAUGGAUAUGGUAUCAACACCAAUGAAUUUGAUAAAGUCGAUUUUAGUGAGCGUGACAGUGUGGUACAUCCACGAAUAGUGACACUCAUACGAAGUGGAACCAAGCCCAGGAAAAUACUUAGGCUUCUGCUGAACAAACGAAACAGUCCAUCGUUUGAGCAUGUUUUGACAGCGAUAACUCAAUGUGUCAAAUUAGAUACGGGAUGUGUACGAAAAAUGUACACCUUGCAAGGGGUCCAAUUGCAAGCGUUGGCCGAUUUUUUUGCUGAUGAAUAUGUAUUUUUUGCCUACGGAAGUGAACGUGUGAAUGCUGAUGAUUUUAAGUUAGAAGUAGACGAAUUGAAGGCUGUACAACAAACCCGAAGAACAUUACGUACGGGAAGUGCUCGAAGUGGCCCAAAACCGCAAAUGCCCACGAAAAACUCCGUCAAUUUACAUAAUGCAGCAUUUGAAGCGGAUGACGAUACGAUUUUAGUGUCGACUCAAUGUGAUGACUCAAAUCCCCUUGGUUUACCCGAAAUCAUCCAGAACAACUAUACCUUGGGCCCGGUGAUUGGCGAUGGCAAUUUUGCCGUAGUUUUGAAAAUCAAACGGAAAAGCGACAAAAAGAACUUUGCAUUGAAAAUCAUCGAUAAAUCGAAAUGCAAGGGCAAAGAGCAUUAUAUCGAUGCUGAGAUAAGAGUAAUGAAGAAAUUACAGCAUGAACAAGUGAUGUCGUUGCACUUGAAUUGCGAUACAUCAGCAAAUAUGUUUCUCAUUUUGGAAUACGUUAGCGGUGGAGAUUUGUUUGAUGCAAUCACACGUGUUACUCGUUUCCCGGAGUCUGAAGCGAGAUUAAUGAUCCGACACUUGGCAUCAGCUAUGGCUUACCUACAUUCCUUGGCAAUUGUACAUCGGGAUAUUAAACCAGAAAAUUUAUUGGUCGAAUUGGAUGAAGCAGGACACAUAACUCAGUUGAAGUUAGCUGACUUUGGUUUGGCCUGCGAAGUGACUGAGCCACUGACCGCUGUUUGCGGCACCCCGACAUAUGUUGCGCCCGAAAUUCUCAUGGAGACAGGAUACGGCUUAAAGAUUGACGUCUGGGCGGCCGGUAUUAUUUUGUAUAUUUUGUUGUGUGGCUUUCCACCUUUCGUAUCACCAGAUAAUGAGCAAGAGCCACUUUUCGAUGCAAUUUUAUCUGGUAUUUAUGAGUUCCCCGAACCAUAUUGGAAUGAUAUAGGACAAGAAGUGCGAGAUCUUAUUGCAAACAUGCUUCAACUUGAUCCCGACCUUCGAUUUGCCAGCGAAGAUGUACUUGACCAUCCAUGGACACUCGAUACCGCCAGUAACAGCAAAUUUGAUGCGCUAAUUGAUUUGAGCUGAAGGGAAACAGUUGACAUGUAAACGGUGUAUACAUCUCUGAAUGUCUUUUUGCCUCUUGUAUUAAAAUGUAAGUCGGCCGAAAAGAAAUUUUUGAUCAUUGUGUUUUUUUGGCGAUAUGUAUUUUGUAAAUGUCACACACAUAAUGAAUUCAUUAUUAUUAUUUAUUUGCUAGUUUAGUAUUCGUGCAUGAAUGAGAUGUAGAGUUAUCAUCUCUUUUGAAAAAGAGAGUAAAAGGAAAGGGAAUUUAUUUUUUUUGCAAUACAAAUUAAUUUAAAGGAUGAUCAAGCAGCUUCCUUAAAUUGUAUCUCCCCUUUUUUCUGCCGAAAUUGGCACACAAGACAAUUGUAUGAAUAUUCUCCGAAUAUCGAUUCUAUUGUUUCGAUUGGUAUAAAGACAUUUGUACUCUAAAUAUACACAUUAUCAAUUAGGGCUUAGUAGGACAUUGGGAUUAGAACUCGGUCACAAAAUUACAUAUCUAAAUUAAAUUGAAAUUUGAAUGCAUCGCAUGAUUUUCUUAUAUAGGAAAUAAAAGAGGAUGAUCAACCAAAGUGUAUACCCUACAAAUUGAUUAAAUUUGUUCGUAUUCUUUACAUAUUUAUUGCAUGGCGCAUUCAUCACUAUCUGUAUUAUACUGCAUUAUAUUCCGAAAAUAAAUUAAUUGAUCCAUAUUAACUUUCAUUUUAAAAUUCAUACUGAAGAUUUCAUUGAGAAACAAAAGAACACAUAAAAAAAACAAAUGGUCUUUCACUCGCCCAUUGCCACUUUCGAUUCAGUCAAAUAAAAAAAUUAUUCCAAAACCACUUUUUAUUAUUAAUACUUUGAAGAAAAAUUUUCCACUUGCUACCACUUUAUUCUCUAAGCUGCUUUUUAUCCCUGUAUUCGGUUGAAAUAAAUUAUUCAAAUGCGAUUGAAAAUACUUGUAAAAUAAAUCCCCAUUCCAAGCGGAAUGUGAUACCCAUAGUGAUAUAAUAAGGAUAACCGAAUUGUUAUUUGGACAUAACGAUAAGGAAAUGUGUAGUAUGUUAUAGACGCAAACCUAUUUGCCAAGAGAUUUAUGAGUUACAUUACACACAGCAUAUAAGUGUAUUUAAUUCUAAUAUUUAUGAUGAACAGAAGACAUUUUAUAUAAAAAGAAAUGAACAAAACAAACCUGCAUUUCAUAAGGGAAACAAAUCCGAUAAAUCCAUGAGACUUUCUCGAUAGGUACAAUAAAUGCAGUCCAUUCAUUACAACCGGAUGAUCAAAGAAACUGUUAUUUGUAAAAUAUGCGCUUUUGUUAUAAUUUUGUAAAACGAGAUUGAGGGCAUUUUUAUAAUCUAAAUUGUUAAAAACAAUUAUUAUCAAGAUAUCACGCACACAUUGGGCUUUAUAUAAUUGGCUAUAUUAUUAUCUCAUCUCAAAUGUUUGAAUAAAUCGGAGAUUCAAUCAA